CGCCAUGGACGGCGCGGACGGCGCGACCCCGCUCUUCGCCCCGCCGCUGCCCGACAACUGCAGCCUGUCGCCCACCGCCGGCGGCCCGACCCCCGGCCCCGGCCUGGCCCUCGCGCCCGCCUCCAGCGCCGGCCCCGGCCCGACCCCGGCCCCGCAGCCGCACACGGCCGGCAGCCUCGCGGGGGGCGCGGCGAGCCCGGGCCCCUCCGGCUUCCCCCGGGCCUGGGCCGCGCCCGCGCCCGCGUUCUGGGACACGCCGCUGAGCCACGCGCUGAACGUGCUGGUGGGCGCCGCCCUGUGCAUCGCCAUGCUCGGCCUGGGCGGCACCGUGGACGUGACCCGCUUCGGGGCGCACGUCCGCCGGCCCCUGGGCGCGCUGCUGGCCGCGCUCUGCCAGUUCGGCCUCCUGCCGCUGCUGGCCUUCCUGCUGGCGCUCGCCUGCCGGCUGGACGAGGUGGCCGCCCUGGCCGUGCUGCUGUGUGGCUGCUGCCCCGGCGGGAAUCUCUCCAAUCUCAUGUCCCUGCUGGUUGACGGCGACAUGAACCUCAGCAUCAUCAUGACCAUCUCCUCCACGCUUCUGGCCCUGGUCUUGAUGCCCCUGUGCCUGUGGAUCUACAGCCGGGCUUGGAUCAACACCCCCCUGGUGCAGUUGCUACCCCUAGGGACUGUGACCCUGACUCUCUGCAGCACUCUCAUCCCUAUUGGGCUGGGCGUUUUCAUUCGCUACAAAUACAACCGGGUGGCUGACUACAUCGUGAAGGUUUCCCUGUGGUCUAUGCUAGUGACUCUGGUGGUCCUUUUCAUAAUGACCGGCACUAUGUUAGGACCUGAACUGCUGGCAAGUAUCCCUGCAGCCGUGUACGUGGUAGCAAUUUUUAUGCCCUUGGCAGGCUACGCUUCAGGCUACGGCCUCGCUGCUCUCUUCCGUCUUCCACCCAACUGCAAGAGGACUGUCUGUCUGGAAACGGGGAGUCAGAAUGUGCAGCUCUGCACGGCCAUUCUAAAACUGGCCUUUCCACCACAACUCAUAGGAAGCAUGUACAUGUUUCCCUUGCUCUAUGCCCUUUUCCAGUCUGCAGAAGCAGGGAUUUUUGUUUUAAUAUACAAAAUGUAUGGAAAUGAAAUGUUGCACAAGCAAGAUCCUCUAGAUGAAGAUGAAGAUACAGAUAUUUCUUAUAAGAAACUAAAAGAAGAGGAAAUGGCAGACACUUCCUAUGGCACAGUGAAAGCAGAUAAUUUAAUAAUGAUGGAAACCGCCCAGACCUCUCUCUGAACACGGAGACACACGGGAGCUUCUAACUUGCUGAGCUAUUACUUCAUAUUUAUGGCCUGUGGUAGUCCAUAUGGUUUACAACAUAAAGGAUAACAACCGGUUCACAUUAUCAUACAUGUAACAAUUAUGCUCUUCUCAUUUUAAGGUUCGUUGGUGUAUUAACCAAGCAUUUUCACAAAUUACAGAUCAAUGUUGUAAUAUGAUUUGCACCUGGGACAGCUCAAGUGUUGCCUGAACUCGUUAAAAGUGCUUUUUGAUUUUUACCAUUACCAA